CCCCGCACUUAAUCUGCAUUCAGACACAAGCGCCAAUAUUAUUUUUCCUGCUGCUGGAUUUUAGGGUGUGUGUGUGUGUGUUUUAUUUCCAUUUAUGUAAUUUUGCGAUUAUUCCUUCACUGUAUCCCGGGGAAGCUCGCGCUGGUUUUGAUUCACAUUUCGGCUGCGUGGCAUUACAAUAGUGGAUCUUUUUCGAACCCCCCCACCCCCUCCUCCCAAUGCUAAUUCCAGCGGCUGCGUGCGUGAUGUUUGACACGGAAGAAAGGCAGUGAACGCGGGCACUCGAGCAUCCUGCCGUAAGAGAUAAAACCGCCGGGUGAAGAUGAUGAUGGUGACCAUGGUGACCACGGAGGCUCCGCGGGACCGGGCUGCGGGAGCGGCGAGCGCGAUGCCGAAGCCCGCGUGCCUCGCGCGGCUCGUCCUCUGGCUUUUCCUCGCCGCUCACUUCCCCACAAGAUCUUUCCAGACUGAAAAUGAUGACGACGAGGUGACCAACAAGACUUGGGUUUUGACACCAAAAGUGUACGAGAGUGAUGUCACACACAUUUUGAACAGUCUGCUUGAUGGCUAUGAUAACAAGCUGCGGCCGGAUAUAGGAGUGAAACCAACUGUAAUCCAUACCGAUAUGUUUGUGAACAGUAUUGGUCCUGUGAAUGCUAUUAAUAUGGAGUACACAAUUGAUAUAUUCUUUGCCCAGACCUGGUAUGACAGGCGGCUGAAAUUUAACAGCACGAUGAAAGUGCUGCGACUCAACAGCAACAUGGUCGGAAAGAUCUGGAUCCCCGACACCUUCUUCCGUAACUCCAAGAAGGCGGACGCCCACUGGAUCACCACGCCAAAUCGCAUGCUGAGGAUCUGGAACGACGGCAGGAUUCUCUAUACGCUGCGAUUGACCAUCGAUGCUGAGUGCCAGCUUAAACUGAACAACUUUCCUAUGGAUGAACAUUCCUGUCCCCUGGAGUUUUCGAGCUAUGGCUACCCCAAAGAGGAGAUUGUCUACAGGUGGAAGAGGAGUUCGGUGGAGGUGGGAGACAUUCGCUCAUGGAGACUAUACCAGUUCUCGUUCGUGGGUCUCCGGAACACCUCCGAGAUAGUGAGGACUGUAUCAGGAGACUACGUUGUGCUGACUGUCUUCUUUGAGCUGAGCAGGAGGAUGGGCUACUUCACCAUCCAGACGUAUAUCCCCUGCACCCUCAUUGUUGUCCUCUCCUGGGUGUCCUUCUGGAUCAACAAGGAUGCUGUGCCAGCAAGGACAUCUUUAGGCAUUACCACCGUGCUGACCAUGACCACCCUCAGCACAAUUGCCAGAAAGUCCCUCCCCAAGGUCUCCUACGUGACAGCCAUGGACCUCUUUGUGUCCGUUUGCUUCAUUUUCGUCUUUGCCGCUCUGAUUGAGUACGGGACGCUCCACUACUUUGUGAGCAACAGAAAGCCCAGCCAGAAAAAGGACAAGAAGAAGAAAAACCCGACACCUACAGUGGACAUCCGCCCCAGGUCUGCCACCGCCAUCCAGAUGAACAACGCCACUCACAUGCAGGAGCGGGACGAGGAGUAUGGCUAUGAGUGCCUGGACGGCAAGGACUGCACCAGCUUCUUCUGCUGCUUCGAGGACUGCCGUUCGGGGGCCUGGCGGCACGGGCGCUUGCACAUCCGCAUCGCCAAAAUAGACUCCUAUGCCCGCAUCUUUUUCCCCACCGCUUUCGGUCUCUUCAACCUAGUCUACUGGGUCUCCUAUCUCUAUCUCUAGGUCCAUAUGUAGCUGGCCUUACUGUAUUCUGGCAAAACCUUACUUUGUUUUUUGGUCUCCUGAAAGUGAACAAAAAGCUUGCAGCUAGUCUGUUUCGUUUUGUAUGUGUUUAGUUCAUUUGCACAUGUGCAGUUUUGAAACCAGCUUCUGGUUGGUUGGGUGGGUCAAGCAAAAUUUGUAGCAAAACCAAAUAGGAGUGAAAGGGCAAUAGUACGUCUUUGAAUUCUUCAAAUGCAAAGUGAGGUUGACUCAAAGCAAGUGUUCCGUCAUCCUUUGCAGUCUCACCGUUGCACGGCUGCUUUUGGUCAGGCAGCAUGGUGAGUUGACAUCUGCAGGUGGAAAUGUUACCGUGUGGGCUGUCUUAGCCCAAAAUUAUUGCUGGGCAAAUUUUACAGUGGAAUAGCACAAUACAUCCAUUAUCGAAUGAUUAAAUGAUUAAAAUCCGUAUUUCUCUAGUGAUAGACCUUAUUUUGUAGAAUAAUUCAAACAUCCCAUCAUAUCCCCCUACCACGUCAUUUCAUUAAGUAACAAAUAACUCUGAAAGUACCUAACUGUCGAAGUACAUUUAGGAAUAAGAAAUGUUGAUAAUAUCUGAAAGAUUUCUUGACCUAAAGUUUGCAAGAAAGUGACUUUAACCAAGGAUGGAAAAACAUGUUCUACAGUCCAUUGUUCCCACUGUAUAUAUUUUACUAUUUAAUACUUUUUAGUGAUUUAUAUUUAUCGCAUGCACCUUUCAGGCCAAAAAUUAACUUGCAUCAAGGUCUUCUGAUGUUGUCAAGAGCAAAGAGGCAUUUGUAAGUAAAACUGAAAGAAAUUGUUCCUUUCUAAUAAGGAGUUAAAAUGUAAGCAUAAUAAAGCUUUAUUUAUUGUCCCGUAGGCUUUGGAUCACCUGUGAGUUUUGCACUUGAAUCUCUAUUACUGUAAUUACAGCCCUAAAGGUUUCUUUCUCUUUCUUGUUACGUGUAGUGUUAGAACAUGCUGCAGUUCUGAAAAUGCAUCCUAUACCUUACAAACAUUGUCACCAUUAAAAUUACAAAAGAAACUCGGAAAAUAUUCAGCAUUUAUUUUCCAAAGGAACGUUUACGUAUUAACUCUUUGCCUAAUUU